UCUUGGUGAGGUCAAAUGUAAAGGGAAAGUAUAUAGUUAACGGAAAGAUCCUUUACAGCAUUGAUGUACGGGAAGAGUUUGGGGUCCAAGCCAGAGCUCCCUGGAAGUGGCAACACACGCAGAUAGAUUGGUAAAGAAGGCAAAUGGUAUGCUUGCCUUCAUUGGUUGGGGCAUUGAACGUACGAGUCGGGAGGUUAUGUUGCACCAUAUUGUGUGUAGUUCUGGUAAUCCCAUUACUUUGGAAACACUUUGGAAAGUGUAGAAAAUGGUUACCAGGAUGAAUAAGUUCCAAGGCAAGUUUGAGGAACAGUACCACAUCUUUCAUCUGGGCACAUUGCAGUCUGGAACCGAAACCAAUAUCUCGAAAUGUUAAUACGACAUUCUUUCUCUCUUUCUGUCUGUAACAGACCCGGCGAUAUCUGCCUCUGGCAAUAUCUGUCAUGUUGGCUCAUUUUGUUUCUUUCCAAUGGGAUAACAUGUUCAGCCUGUUCAGCCUGUCCCAUGAUUCUGUUGUUAACAACACAUAACACAGCCAAAGAUAUAUAUAAACCCUCCCUGACAUGCAAUAAGCGACUUGCGUAAACUCACAUAAACUAAAUAAUUUCUAGUGCAAUCAAGGCAGUUUGUAAUUUCCACAACACUGUACGAUCACUGAAGUUUACAUCGGAAUCAAGCCAGCAAUGGCUGCAGUUCUUACUCAGAAGGCCAUAGAAAGUGCCUGAACAGUGAGGUGGCAUUCAAGUUUACAAGUAACUUGAGCAAAACGCAAAUUGCUGGAGUAACUCAGCGGAUCAGGAAGCAUCUCUGGAGGACAUAGUUGUACAUUUCCUGCACAAAUGCUGUGGCGGGAUUCUGAGUUAUUAGCUGCUGCUGAGUUACAGCCAGACGCCUGCUACUUUGGCCCAGCAGUAUUGACUCACUAGUUGAAUGAGGAGAGCGACAAGAAUUUGUUGAACAUGCAGAGAGGGAUUUCUGCUGGAUUCCAAUUAAUACUCUGAGUUAUUUUGGGCAGAGGAUGGAAACGGACACAGUCAGUGAUUCCGACGUGUAAAAUCUGACGCGAAAGGAUUCAGAAAUAAAUCGGAAUUUAACAACCCAUCACUGAAGGAUGAAAUGCUCCAACUGGGUUUUGCUCUUUGGGCUGUGUGUUGAGAAUGUCGAAAUGAGAGGCUUUUAAUAAGAGAAUUUGCUGUUUGUCAAAUCAAGGGAAAGCUAUAUUUGGGGAAAGAAAGAGUGCUACAAGAAAUUCUAGGAGCUAAUCUGAUUGCUGGCACAAUGCUUUGAGGAAGAGAAAGACAGAAACUCAUUCAUCUCGAAAGCAUGCCAGCUUCUGACCUGUGAACGGCUACGGUGGAGUACAGAGAGAGCUGACCAUCUGAAGAUGCGGCCAUGGACCAGCUCCUGGCGAUGGAUUAUGUUGAUCCUUCUUGCCUGGGGAACGUUGUUAUUCUAUAUAGGCGGACAUUUAGUCCGAGACAGCGACCAACCAGAUCGCUCCAGCAGAGAACUGUCCAAGAUACUGGCAAAACUUGAACGUUUGAAGCAACAAAAUGAAGAUCUGCGGAGAAUGGCAGAGUCCCUGAGGAUUCCUGAAGGUCCCAUUGACCAGGCACCAGCUGCUGGAAGAGUACAUUCAUUAGAAGAACAACUGUUAAAGGCCAAAGAGCAGAUUGAAAGCUACAAGAAGGGAGCGGGCAAAGGUCCUGGGAAAGAACACGAGGAGUUACGGCGUAAGAUUGAAAAUGGAGUGAAGGAGCUCUGGUUCUUCGUGCAGAGUGAAGUCACGAAAGUGAAAAAACUGGAGGGCGAUGAAGCAGAAAGGCAGGCGGAUUCUUUACUUGAGAACCUGGGUGACCAGCAGAGGUCCAUAUUGACAGACGUAUACUACCUCAGUCAAGCAGAUGGGGCCGGUGAAUGGAGAGAGAAUGAGGCCAGGGAUCUGACAGACCUGGUUCAGCGGAGAAUAACAUUCCUGCAGAACCCCAAGGACUGCAGCAAAGCCAAGAAGCUGGUGUGUAACAUCAACAAAGGUUGUGGCUAUGGCUGUCAGCUCCACCAUGUUGUUUACUGCUUUAUGAUUGCUUACGGUACGGAACGCACUCUUAUCCUGGAGUCACAGAACUGGCGUUAUUCCACUGGGGGUUGGGAGACUGUCUUCAAACCAGUCAGUGAAACUUGCACAGAUAGAUCUGGCACCAGCUCCGGCCAUUGGUCAGGUGAGGCCAAUGAUAAGAAUGUCCAGGUGGUGGAACUCCCCAUAGUUGACAGCCUACACCCUCGUCCACCAUACCUUCCCUUGGCUGUUCCUGAAGACCUCGUAGGUCGAUUAACCCACUUGCAUGGAGACCCCUCAGUCUGGUGGGUCUCCCAGUUUGUCAAAUAUUUAAUACGCCCACAAUCAUGGUUGGAAAAGGAAAUUGAAGAUGCAACCAGAAAACUUGGCUUCAAGCAUCCGAUUAUUGGUGUUCACGUGCGACGUACAGACAAAGUGGGAACUGAAGCAGCUUACCACACUAUUGAGGAAUAUAUGGCACAUGUAGAGGAGCACUACAAGUUCCUUGCUCGCAAGGUGGAGAUCGACAAAAAACGGGUUUACCUUGCUACGGAUGACCCCAACUUACUUCAGGAAGCUAAGUCAAAAUACCCAGACUAUGAAUUCAUCAGUGAUAACUCCAUCUCAUUUUCAGCUGGACUACAUAACCGAUACACAGAGAAUUCACUGCGAGGUGUCAUUCUCGACAUCCACUUCCUGUCUCAGGCUGACUUUUUGGUCUGUACCUUCUCAUCCCAGGUUUGUCGAGUGGCCUAUGAGAUAAUGCAGACAUUACACCCAGAUGCAUCAGGUUAUUUCCAUUCCCUGGAUGACAUCUACUACUUUGGUGGACAAAAUGCGCACAAUCAGAUUGCAAUUUCUCCUCACAAACCACAGAAUCCAGAGGAGAUUGUAUUGGAGCCUGGAGAUCUGAUUGGGGUGGCUGGCAACCACUGGGAUGGUUAUUCCAAAGGCAUCAAUCGGAAAUCUGGGCGAACAGGCCUCUAUCCAUCUUACAAAGUGAAGGAGAGUAUUGAUACGAUUAAAUAUCCAACAUACCCAGAGGCUGACAAUGAAAAGCCACAGUAACUGCAAGGACACUCUGCGGCCGUGGUGAAUGUAUCUCGCCAUACAUCUGAAAUCCAGCCAACAAUUUUUUUUUUAAUUGAGUUCUGUGCAGAUGCAUCUAUCGCCCUCCGGUUGUGUUUGGUUGUCUGCCAUUAAUUCACGGUGACCCUCAGUUACUGACACUGACCCGUUGUACAGGUUAGAGCAUGAGCAAAUGUCUGUCCAGUCAUGGUGCCUAACAUUCUUCAACCUUGGACCUUCCUGAAGAACCAUGCCCAGCAUUAGCACAGAGAUGUCUUUGAAACCUCGGCUUGAAGGAAAGAGUUUAAAUUAUCAGGCAGAAGAGAUGUACGUAAUCAUGAAGACAUUAUCCAUUUCACACGCCUGUUCUUAAGAUGACAUUUUGUCAAGAAUUGAAAGUGCUUGUCCUUUGCAAGGGUGGGCAGGAUCAGAAUAAGCAAGUGCACAUUCUCAUUUCACAGUCUUUUGUAAAAGCAAAAUCAUGGACAGAAUCUUUAAUACAUAAUUUCCAGACAUUGUCUUUGAUAACAAAAGUAAAUAAAUCUAAAUGAAACCAA